AUGGCCGGUGCGCUGUCCGUGACGCCCAAAGGCAUCGGCUGCGAGGUCAAGAUGGAAGGCCAAGAUUGGCCAGCUGGGCCGGGCCGUCGCCGCUUCACCGUGGAGUCGGCUGCGCGCUGCGUGUCCAAGAGCUUACCACGGAAGCCACAGCCUCCAGUGAGACACGAUUGUGGUGACGAUGCCUUCUUCUUGACGAGUUUGAAGGACCACAUCGCCAUUGGUGUGGCGGAUGGUGUCAGCAGUUGGCAACGCUAUGGGGUGAAUCCUGCGCUUUUUGCCUGGGAACUGAUGGUGAGAUGUGAGGAAGCAGCCGUCAAACAUGCUGGGAAGUUGGAGGUGGUGGAGUUGAUGACUGCUGGCUUCGAAGCAGCUGUGUCUCAAGACGGGACCUUGAUGGGAAGUACCACGGCCUGCGUGGCAUCGCUGCACUGCGACAAGGGCGUCCUUGACGUGGCCAAUCUCGGCGACAGCGGAGCGUUGGUGGUGCAACGGGAUGGGAAAGUGAUCUUAGAGACCAAGGAGCAACAGCAUUAUUUCAACUGUCCCUACCAGUUGGUUUGCCUCCCGGUGUCGCAGCGUACGGGCCUGGCGGGCGGCGACCUUCCGGCCUCGAGUGAUACCUACACCACGCAGGUGCGGAUAGGUGACAUCUUAGUGUUUGCCACCGACGGAUUCUUUGACAAUGUUUUCAAAGACAAGGCGGUGGAGGUGAUCAGCCAAAUGGCCACAUUGCCGGUGUCGGAGAUCGCCGCGCAGCUGGUACAGCUGGCGUACCAGGCCUCGAAGUCAUUGGAGGAGAGCCCCUUCGGUACAGCGGCCGCCUCCCAUGGCUUUCGACACAGAGGCGGCAAACCGGAUGACAUCACCGUGCUGGUGGCCCGUGUGGUGGCCGGCCCGACCGGGUCGACUGGGCACUGA